AGUCAAACGCACUGCACAGUUCAGUUCACCUCGUCGACUCGGUAGUGGAUUAAAGAUGUCCCGGGCCGCAGACAGAUUAAAAGUGGUUUUGAAUCAUCUGGAUCGACCCCACGGUGCUGUGCGAGCAUCCUUCACUUCUGCUCAGAAUGUGUCCUAUCAUCAUCAUCCUCAAGCCUUUCAAUACACAUUUGACACGGAUGUCCUGACUCCAGAACAGAGAAUCGCCUAUGAAAAGGAUGGUUUCAUACUCAUCCGAAACUUGGUAUCGGACGAGGAUAUUGACAAAUUCAGGAAAGAGUUUGAGCGCAUCUGUAAAAGAGAGGUGAAGGUGCCUGGCUUGGUGGUAAUGAGAGAUGUAUCCAUUUCUAAAUCCGAGUUUGUUGAAGGUGAGAAGGCUGUGACCAAACUUCAGGACUUCCAGGAAGAUCCAGAACUUUUCCGCUACUGCGCUUUGCCCCAGAUCCUGAAGUAUGUGGAGUGUUUCACCGGACCCAACAUCAUGGCCAUGCACACCAUGCUCAUCAACAAACCACCUGACACAGGUAAGAAGACCUCUCGCCAUCCCAUGCACCAGGAUCUACACUACUUCCCCUUCCGACCUGCAGAUCGCAUUGUGUGUUCAUGGACCGCCAUGGAGAAAGUGCACCGGCAAAACGGCUGCCUGGUUGUCCUGCCCGGCUCACACCAUGGCACUCUGCAGGAACAUGACUACCCAGAAUGGGAGGGUGGAAUAAAUAAGAUGUACCACGGGGUGCGUAACUACGAUCCAGACCACCCCAGAGUGCAUUUAGAGAUGGAGAAAGGAGAUACAGUGUUUUUCCAUCCUUUGCUGAUCCACGGCUCAGGAAUGAACCAAACCAAGGGAUUUCGAAAGGCCAUUUCCUGUCACUACGCCAGCUCUGACUGCUAUUACAUUGAUGUGAAAGGAACAACUCAGGAGAACAUCAGCAAUGAAGUGAAGGAACUUGCAGCCAAGAAGUAUGGAGUUGAUGAUACAAUCUCCUUUCAGGACACUUGGGCUUUGCGGGGGCGUCUGGUCCAAGGGCAAAGAACAUCAAUGUGACUUGCCAGAUCUGUCUGACUUAGAGAGAGGACGGCUUCACAACUGGAUUAAUUAACAGCACACCGCUGUUUGUUAAUUUGACAAUUUCCUUAAAACUGAUAAUAAUGCUUUAAGUACAGCUUUCACCAUCAGGUGGCACUGUAGGGAGUAAAUCACAAAUCACACACACUGAAUUGCCAUCUGUGCCUGGGACGAUCGGUCCUGAUACCAAUCGAAUAAUAAUGAAAGCCAGACAUUGUAAUAUUAGCAUCAAAGGAUCUUGGUGUGGCUUUUUCUUUAAGCAAUGUAAGAACAUUGGGAAUUCAUUGUCUUGGAUUAAUACGUCAGCUGUUUGUGAGUGUGUUUCCUGCAAAUAAUUAUUAGUGAGGUUGUUGCUUAUUAGUAGUACUGUGAUCAGAAUUUGAGUUCACAGCAGGGAAGGUAUAAUUGAGUACAGCAGCUCACCUUCAUCUGCCUUCAUUUGAAAUAUCUAAGAUCCAGCUUUUUGCUGAUGGAAAUCGGAGACAAAGCAAAUAAUUUUACUAUUAAUUCUGAAAUAUUAAAGGGAUUAAUACGUUUGAUCAACAUUAGAUCAGGUCUAAACAUACCUAGAAAACUUUAACACUACAGUAAUAGUAACUUUUCCUUGAUAAUAACAUAUUUUAGACUAGUGAUCUGAGAAAAAGCUUCUACCAUAUAAUUGUUUAAUUUAAAUAAAAUGAAUGUUUAUUUUUAA